AUGGGCUUUCUGCGUGCAAUUCUGCACCAAGCUCUCCCGCGAUAUCGCCAAAAAUUGUUAGAGCUUUCUGACACAUUCGAAGCCCGCUGUGCCAGCCAAGGAACCCCGGGCAAAGACUGGUAUUGGCAUGAAAAAGAGCUCGAACAACAGCUGUUUGAAUUGCUUGAAGAGGCCACACAAUCCGAUUCUAUCCAACUGUUUGUUGAUGCGCUUGACGAGUGUGGAGAAAAAAAUGCCCUCAGUCUGGUUGAUUUAUUCGAGCGCCUGUUGAAACGUAUUCAUCAGAAUCAGGGCAGGCUCAAAAUCAUCUUUUCGUGUCGAAAAUACCCCAUUCUCCACUUGGAGAACGGCACCGAGAUUGUACCAGAAGAAAGCAAUCAGGACGACAUCAAGAAAGUCGUUUUCCGCAUUCUCCAGAAAGGUCAAUUCUUAGAGUCAAGAGCGCAAGAACUAGGCGAAGCGAUUGUAGAAAACUCGAGCGGAGUAUUCUUAUGGGCUGUCCUAGUGGCUCCACAGGUUGUUGAUAUGAAUCGCAGGGGGAAACCCAUUGCAGCUAUCAAGAUCGGCAUCAAGAAAAUUCCACGGGAGUUGCACGAGCUCUACAAGAGGAUACUGCUGAGCUCAACAAUGGAGGAAGAUGACUUCCUCUGCUCUUUGAAGCUUUUCCAGUGGGUCUGCUUCACUAAAAGAAGAUUGUCAGUCCCGGAGAUGCAGCACGCCAUGGCCUUGGAUCCGGACACCCAGUACAAAUCGGUUGAUGAGUAUGUCGAGGGGCCUGACAUGGCAGAAGACGAAAACAAGAUGGCGAGGAUGAUCAACUACCUCUCAAAAGGACUGGUUGAAGUAAGGGGCAAUCAUGUUCAGGUGAUUCACCAGUCAGUCCGUGACUUCCUUGUUGACGAAGCGCUGCACAUGAUCCUUCAGAGAGUUGGAAGACCUGCAGCUAAUGCUUCUGGACUGGGCCACCUCAUGAUUCUUCGAACCUGUCUGCAGUACCUAUCUCUCAGAGAGAUUACGAACUUGAAAGAAGACUCUGCUGGAGAAAACCUUGCAUCUUUCCCUGUUGCAGUCAAGUAUCCGCUUUUGGGUUAUUCAACCACAUACUGGAUCCCCCACGCUUCACACGUUGAGUCUGCCGGUCUGGCAAAUGAGGAGCUCUUACAAUACCUCUACAGGACCUUCAAUGCUCAUAAUUGGGAGAACUGGUUAUGGGUUCACCGCGAACUCCACAAAGAACAGGGCAUCGAAAGGGGUCACUUUCCAGAAUCGACGCUACUACACAUUGCCGCAAGCUUUAACCUGCCGUACUUGUUUUUUGCGCUCAUGAGAACAUCGGACAACGACAUGAACUGUACAGACUCUGAAGGCCAAACCCCACUAUGUACGCCUGCUACUGGCUACUGGAAGGGUGAAUCCUUCGACUGA